CCAUUGACCUUGGAGAGUUGGAGAGUAGGGAGCAGAUAGACACUGAGAUUCAGCAGCAGAGUGUACCAUCCACCUCGAGGAAGUAAGCAGCCUGGGAGAGACGUGUGAGCGUGUGGUAGCAUCGUGGGACCGUCAAUUUACAGUUGUCCUCUUACAAUGGAGGGUGUGAGUGUGUUCAUCAGCUCAUCCGUGGUGUUCCCGGAGGAGACCUGUCCCGCUGUGAUCCAAGUGAAGGAUGGCAGGAUCCACCACAUCGCGAGGUACUCCACCGACGCCUCCUCCUUCCCCAGCCGCCAGGUGGUGGACUGCGGCGACUUGGUGCUGAUGCCUGGCGUGGUGGACUCUCACGUGCACGUCAACGAGCCGGGACGCACCGCCUGGGAGGGCUACAACACAGCCACGCGGGCGGCGGUGGCGGGCGGCGUCACCACAAUUGUUGACAUGCCACUGAACUCUAUUCCGCCCACGACGACUAUGGGGGCGUGGGAAGCCAAGAUGAAGGCGGCACGAGGGCAGUGUUGGGCUGACGUGGGCUUCUGGGGCGGCGUGAUUCCUGGCAACGCGAUGGAGCUGCGCAAGAUGGUGGAGGGCGGCAUCUGUGGUUUCAAGUGCUUCCUCAUUCACAGCGGCGUCGACGAGUUUCCGAGCGUCAACUUCGCCGAGGUGGAGGGGGCGCUCACCCGACUGUCCGGCACGAAUUCCGUACUUUUGUUCCACGCGGAAUGUGACGUUGGAGAGACGGUGACUGAGGCGGAUCCUCCUCACGCAUACAAGACGUUCCUCAAGUCCAGGCCGCAGGAGAUGGAGGAGGUGGCCAUCAAGAAGGUGAUCAGCCUCUGUGAGAAGACUAAAGUUCGGUGUCACAUCGUUCACCUGUCCGCUAGCAACGCCCUUCCUCUGAUCCGCGAGGCGCAGGCAAGGGGCGUCCCGUUGAGCGUCGAGACUUGCCACCACUACCUCACCUUCGCCGCUGAGGACAUCCCGGACAAGGCCACACAGUACAAGUGUUGCCCGCCCAUCAGGGAGGCCGACAACAGGGAGCUGCUGUGGGAGGCGGUGAGGGACGGCACCAUCCAGCAGGUGGUGAGCGACCAUUCCCCAUGCACGCCCGACCUCAAACUCCCUGGACAGAUGCACUUCAUGGAGGCGUGGGGCGGCAUCUCCUCCUUGCAGUUCGGUCUGUCACUGUUUUGGAGUGGGGCACGGGAUCGAGGGUUCACUCUGCAGGACGUGGUGAGGUACAUGUCAGAGACGCCGGCCAAACAGGCAUCCCUCCAUCACCGUAAGGGUGCGCUGAAGGUGGGCCAUGACGCGGACUUCGUCAUCUGGAAUCCCAACGAGACUUUCAAGGUAGAGGAGAACGCCAUACAGCACAAAAAUAAGGUGACACCGUACCUGGGGCGGGUGUUGCAAGGCCGUGUGUACCGCACCGUGCUGAGGGGCCGCGUGGUGUAUCAGGAGGGCACCUUCUGCAGCGAGAAUCCCCAAGGAACCUUCGUGUUCGCCAGCACUAUGUCCACGCCUCAGACAAUCAUCAAUGCCAAUCUUUAGAUACCACGCCCCUUCGAGAGAUCCACAGCCUGCUCACAAUAGGCCAUUUAUGUAUUUAUUUAUUUAUUUAUUUAUUUUUUAUUUUUUUUUAUGUAAAAGGGGCAUUGGCCAAGAGCAAUAAAAAAGGAAGAAGAAGAAGUAGAAGAAGAAAGAGCUACUGAGGUGCCAGUCCGUAAAGAAAAAAAAAAUGAUUAUCCAGAAUUGGAGGUCUUGAAAUCGUUACUUCUGAUUUCCCUGAAGGUCUCGUACGGUGUGUCCCCUAUGUUGCCUGGUCUCAUAUUCCUCCCUCCAUCACUUAGUCAAUCAGUCUCUAUGGUGUCCCGCACCAAGACUCCCUAAAUGCAUUGAAAACGCCUUUUGUAAUUCACGAAAGCUUGUGUUUAUGAUUCCUAGGAUAAAUUGUUUGAUGCUGUUGAAAGUUCAAGAUGAAGAAGCUGCUUUCUCAAAAUGUUUGAGUCGAGUUUAACAAAAAGAAACAUAAGAUACAUAAGAAAACAAGGGAAGCUUCAAGAAACGAAAAUCAUGUACCUGAGUUUAUGGUAAAUGCAUUGGUGAAGGGAUUGCUCAUACAUGUAUUACUCUACGUACUUUAUGAUAGUAACUAAACCGGAAAGGUUCACUAUAUCUCUUUGCCAUUGUAUUAAAUAAUAAAUACAUAUACUGUUUUGAGUUUUGGAGAA